AUGAUCACCAAUCAAUUAUUUAAUCCAAAACUAGGAUCAAAAUAAAUUUCUGUUCCCAGGUAGGAAAGCCGAGCAUGCUGUUUUUACCCUCGUAGAUUAAUUAUCUGUUAUGAUUUUAUAAGAAGAAUUCCAAUACCUUUAAAGGCAGUGCAUUAUUUCUUAAAGGUUUAACCAGGUUUUCUUGUAGUAGAAUUAAAAUAAACUUAUUCAACUUAAAGUUAUCAAGAACCAAUAGAAUUAGAAUAUUUAUUUUCAAUCAAUAAAAAUGCAGCCGUGACUAAAAUGAUAGUUGAAUUAGGAGACACCAAAGUUUAUGGGAUAGUUAAGGAAAAAGAGGAGGCUAAAUAAGAAUAUGAAGAAGGAAUAAAGUAGGGCAAGACUAUGGCAUAUAGUGAGUAAGAUGAAUAAUUCCCUGAAAUAAAGAGAGUUAAAAUUGGAGCCCUUGCCCCAAAAAAAGAAUUACAAAUCACAUUUGAAUACAUCUAACCUUUGGAUGUAUUUUUGAAUAAAUUAUGGAAAGUAGAAGUUUAGCCAAUGGUUGAUGAAAAUUAUUUUACCCUUAAUAAAUAAUAGUAGACUUAAAAUCUAUAUUAUGAAAGACUGAAUAGAUACAUUUAUAAAUUUGUUCAGAUAGAUUAAUUUGUAUACAACUUCAAGCAAGAUAUUAGUAUAUCCAUAGAUAUAGGGUCUCCAAUAACUUAUUAUAAAUGUCCAACUCAUAAAGUUUUAAGUGGAAAUGCGAAAGAUGAAUACGUUAAGGAAAAAAUGAAUGAAGAAAAUUUCAAGAAAUUAUAUCUCAUGCUUGAGGAUACACCAUCUNUUUGCUCUAAGAUUUCUUGA